UUUUUUGAAAUCCGAUAAAUAAAUUUUUCCGUUUCAUUGAUGGAGUAGGAUUAUGGAUGAAAAUGAAGAUGACAUUAUCGCGGCUUUUGGGCAUAUUUUGUUGGCCGGGGUGGCUACUAAGGCGCUUGGCACAACAAAUGGCACGAGUUUCACCCAUCCGGGGAUGCAUGCCAACUACCUCCUUCAUGGACUCACGGGAGGAUUUCACUUUGUGUCGAAAAUUACCGGAUUAAACGUUCAACCAGUAUAUAGGAUCACCAAGAUGGCCGUGCAGUAUUUAGCCUUACCAAGUCUCAUGGCCGAUCUUAACUACGAAAAUAAGUACAUCAGCGUAGCCCACUUUGCUACAGGAUUGCUCCCAUUCGCCGUCGCGGUGUCUGGCAACGACAGCCCACACUUGUCAAACUUUGCCAUUUCCGUUAACGUUAUUUCUCUUUGCUACUACGCAAUUAAGCAUACCUGCCAUGAGUAUGCGUGGUACACUGCCGGAAGUGCUCUUGUGACAUACUUCGGAUUCAGCUACGUGAAUAUGUUGUUUCCCAUAGGCCUGGCCAUAACAGAAUUUCUCGCUCACAAAUUGUACUACGCGAAUUUCGGUCCGCCUCCGACUAAAGAAGAGCUGAAAGAAGCAGAAAGGAAAAAGAAAGAAGAAGAAAAGAAAAAGAAAGAAGCAGAAAAGAAAAAGAUAGAAGCAGAAAAAGCUGCGAAAAAGCAGGCCAUGCUCGCUGAGAAGGCCAAAGAGAAAGAAAAAGCCAAGGCCGCUGCUGAGAAGAAGGCCAAAGAGAAAGAAAAAGACAAGCAGCAGCAGGUGCCAAUGUAG